UCAAGCACCCGUUUUUCACACGAACACUGCAAAUACAGCCUUGAUUAUGGCAUUAUUAAUGGACGCAAAGUAUUCUGAGUUGAAUGAACAGCAAAUUAAAGCUCUUAAGAAGCUACUGGAAGAAAGUUUACAGCGAGAGAUAUGCCAGGAUGAGGAAUUGCAUGAAAAAGAGACUAAGGAGGGAUUAUCGUUCAAGACGCCUAUGCAGUUUACUCCCACCAUGACCGCUACUCCGUCCCCUUCAAGAGACGAACUCUGGAAGAAACAGCUUGGAUUUGAUGACGACUCUGAGGGCAGCCUGUCAAACACAGAUGACGAGCCAGAGGCUGACCAGGAUCUAACGGGAAAAGCUUCUUUGGUCGAAGUUCAUGCCCUCCAGGUUGAGAUACAGCAAAAGGAAAAGCAAAGAGAGGAACUGCUUAUCAAAUUAAAGGCACUUUCAGACAAGGCAGCUAACUACAGAUCAAAACUCCAGAAGUCUGAACACAGCAAAAAAUCACAGAUCAAGAUAAUGAAGAAAACCCAAGAGUCCCAGCUUCAAAUGAAAGCUGAACUUAUCCAUAACCUGGAGGAAAUGAUUGAAGAACAGGAGAGCAAGAUAUCAGAGCUAGAGGCGAGAAUAAAAGGAGAAAAUAUAUCAGCAGCGAUGCCUAAUGCAAAAGGGUCAAGCAUACGUAAACUAGUAGAUUCUAUAAAUGAACUCCACUCCGAGAAAAGCAGAAUUUAUGAGACAUGGCUAUCUACCCAGUCAGAGUUAGAAACAGUCAAACAAGAAAACAGUGAAGCUGUUGAAAAACUCAAAUGGGAAAUGUCAGACUUGGAGUCUCAGAACAGGAAACUGCAGGUUCAAAAUGUAAAACUUCAAAAUGGGGACAUGGAUGUUGUAAAUGACAAUGAUAACAGCCCAAAAGUUGAUCAAUUAGAGCAAGAAAAUGCUGAACUCAAACAAAAAGUUGAGUCGCUUGAGCAGGAGGUUACGACAAUCACAAAGGCCAACAAGACAGCACAUGCAAAGAUGGAGGGAGACUUUAUGGAACUGAAGAAGAAGCUACGAGAUACUGAAACCAAAUAUACAAACCUUGCUUCAACUCCCCCUAAGGUGCGAACAGUCUCUGUGGUGUCAGAAGAGACUCAGCGUCAGCUGGAAGAAAUGAUCAAACAAAACAAAGAGUUGGAGAAUCUCUUGGGAAGGACAAGAACAGAACUCAAUGCAAAGAUUUCAGCUAUUCAGUCCGAGGUGAAAUCGGCUAAUGCAUCUGCAAGUGAAGCCCAGUUGAAGGAGCAAAAGCUCAUGUCUGAGUGUCACAAACUCAAGGAAUCCCUUAAGCAAGCACACAAACUUGAAGACUCUAUUCGUCAGCGGGACGAAGGACUAGACGUACUUAAAAAAGAGGUAAGCGUUUUCUAUAAGAAUACAAGGGAUUGGCAGAGUAGUCUUAUGCAAAGCCUUCUCCAACAUCUUUUUAACCCGAACUUUUGCUCACAGGUACACGAUUUACAAAGGGAGCUCGAACACUCUCAGCGUAAAGCGAGGCGAGAAAGAGAGCAACUAGAAGCAGAAGCCCAACAGAGAGUAGAGGACGAGCGAGAGAGAGCUGCCAAGGGCUCGCGAGUGAUGAAGACAAAGCUUGAGAGCACAAGGCUGCAGGCGAAGGUGCUCAUGAAGGCGGUAGAACAGGUGAAGCGACAGUAUAAGGACUUGAAGAUCGAGAGCUUGAAGAUGGGUACUGCUGUCAAGCCCGCCAUAAAGGACAUCGAGAAACAACUAUUGAAGCGUGUGGAAGGGAUAGACAGUCGCAACAAAAUCCUCGUGGACAAGUACAAGAAGGAGAUGGCUCUGCGCAAGAAAUACCUGAACGAGCUGAUAGAGCUCAAGGGAAAUAUCCGGGUGUACUGCCGAGUGCGUCCUGUCAUCCGUGAGGACGGCGCGGGAAAGCCUGCAGAGAACGUGAUCUCCUUCGAUGACGACGAUGAUGCAAUCUUGAACGUGUUCUCGAGAGGUGCGCUAAAGCCCUUCGAGAUGGAUAGAGUAUUUCAGCCGCAAUCAACGCAAGUAGAGGUGUUCGAAGAGGUCAAACCUCUCGUUAUCUCGUGUGUAGAUGGCUAUAAUGUGUGCAUCUUUGCCUACGGUCAAACGGGCAGCGGCAAAACAUUUACCAUGGAGGGCCCCGUCUCCAACCCCGGCAUCAACCAGCGCGCCUUACAGCACCUUUUCACGGAAACCGCUGACCGCGGAGUGGACUGGGAUUACCAAGUCACGGUCAGUGUGAUGGAGAUCUAUAACGAGAUGCUUCGAGAUCUCCUGAGCUCUGACCCGUCAGCCAAGCUGGACAUCAAGCAAGGCAAGGAGGGGCUGUACGUGCCUGGGCUAAGCGAGGUCGAGGUCACCAACUUAGAUGAAGUCAACGAGAUUUUCCAGCUUGGAAAGCAGAACCGGGCAACAGCAUUUACCGAUAUGAACGAACACUCCUCGCGCUCACACGCGCUGUUGUGCGCUACCGUAAUAGGUGUGAACAGAACUACCGGAGCGAGGACUAUUGGCAAGCUGAACCUUGUGGAUCUAGCAGGAAGUGAGCGUGUGUCCAAAAGCGGUUCCGAGGGUGCCCGGAUGAAGGAAGCGCAGAACAUUAACAAGUCACUCUCCUCGCUCGGUGACGUCAUCCAUAACUUGAAGAACAAGAGUGCGCAUGUCCCGUAUAGAAACUCCAAGCUGACGUAUCUGUUACAGGAAUCACUUGGCGGCGACUCCAAGACUUUAAUGGUGGUGCAAGUGGCUCCUGUGGAGAAGAAUGUCGGCGAGACUGUUUGUAGUCUCAACUUUGCACAACGUGUCCGGGCCGUCGAACUUGGACAGGCCACUAGGAAAACGGACAAUGCGGACGGCGGACAGCUUAAGGCCAAUGGCAUGAGUUCUGGCAAUGGUAGCAGUACCCCGAGCAAAUUAAAGCCAUCUUCACUUCCCAGACCUCGCGGGAAAUGAUGAGCUGCCAGGGCCAGUUCUGAGAGUCUUGUAGAGAACUGUGGGACGCACGAAAGAAAGAAAAAAAAAUGGUUCUUCAUAAAGACUUGCCCCGAGUCUGUCUGUUUUGUCAGACUACAUAUAUCCCCGCUAUACCACAAAGCCAAAGUUCCAUUUUACGAUUCUGCUAGCCAGUCACUUUUAGUGACUUGUUUUAGUCCCAUAGGCUUUGGCAUGGCAACAAGAAAAUACAACUACAGACAAGCUGUAGAAAACUUCGGUUGUCUGUGUAGGUGGAAUCAGGGAAGUAAGUGAACACAAGCCUAAAAUGGUAUGUUUUACGUAGUUUCGUUGCCGUUUUCGAGCGUUAGCUUAGGCGGUCAUGAUUGGCUACGCAGAAUCGCCGAACAAACCACAGAGCUUGGAAUUGGGAUGUUGCGAUGUAACGGAGAACCAGGGUGACUGGAUGAAGUUUUUCACAUCUUUGUCCGCACCAAAAACCCAAAUCACAUAUAGUUAGCUAUAUUAAAUUUUGUAAAUGAUUAUUUAAGAUAACUGAGAUUUUGAUAGAUUUUGUAAAUAUUAUCACCACAAUGAGGGACGUUUUUGUAAAAAUUAAAUAAAAAACGAAACGAACG